AUGCACGUUUGCCGACUCUCCCGUACGCAGGUCACGUUGAUGAAGGGAUUGCAAAAGGCUGCACGUCAUGGAAGUUAUGCGACGCAGUUCUGGACGCAGCCCAGCCACCCGCCCCACCGCUCGCGUCAUGCGAUGUUGACGGCGCACUCCAAAAAGGCUAUUCGGCGUCGGCUCGUUUUGCCGCUGGAUGCGCAUGACUGGGGCCGCGCCCUCGAAGUGCUCGACGCCGGUUAUGCGAGACUUGGGCGCAGCGCGGAGGAUUAUCAACGGGUCAUCCGUGGCCUCGCCCAUGAGACGGCACCGCAGCGGUGCAGGGAAGCAUUGCACACGCUGAACUCGCUGCGGGACAAGGCGUACACGGGCGAGAUUGCGUCUAGUAGUGGGCUGUGGGUCUCACUUGUAUGGGCAUAUGCCCGUCUACGCUAUCCGCGCGAGGGAUACGAGUGUUUGCUGCAAGGGGAGCGGCGCUCUAAUUUUUCGUCGCUCACAAAACAGCAUCUGGGAGAGACGCUAUUGCCACUAGUGGCUGAGCAUGGCAUGCUGGAUGAGGCGAGGUACAUUGUGGAGAACUUCUUAGGCACAGGUGGGAGCCGUCAUGACAGGGCGCGCGUAGCCAGUCUUGUGGCAGAGGCCGCUGCCAGGAGUGGCUCCUGGGAGCACGCCAUCGCGGCAGUACAGCCCAGGGCAACCACCGCAGCGACCCGGCCCAAUCCGCACACACUGGCCUCUCUGUUUGUCUCAGAGGAGGCAAACGACGCUCCGGAAGAGGCGUCACAGACGUCGCGAGGCGUCUGGCAGCUUUCAACAGCGGCGCUACGAUGCAUGAUGUGUUCCAUGGCAGACGAUGGACAGUGGGUGAUGGCCCUACGAAGCUUGCAGGAAUUGCGUCGUCGUUGCAGUAGCGACACACCUCCCCUUGACGGCGUCCCCUCCGGUAAUGUCAAUGGGAGUGGUGACGCUCCAAGCGCGGCAGGAAAGGGGCAUCCACCACCGCCGCCACCGCCGCCGCCGCAGCAGCAGCAGCAGCAGAACCGGCAACAGGAAUUGACACUCUCGGAAAAUGAGCUGCAGCGGCUUCUUAAUUGUUUGGGAAGCCAGCAUCGAUGGGAAGAGGCGACCGCGCUCUUUGCAUCGCAGUAUUUUACUGAUAAUUCUAGAAACGACAAUGCAAAAAUGCGGCCUUUGCAGCCCACAACGCUGAACCUUCUAUUCGCUUCGUUCCCGCGGGAGACGAGGGAGUGCCGCCUAGUGGCCCCGGAGGGCGAGCCUGAGGCACCCGGCUCCCCCACGGGCCCCUACCUGCAGGAGACGGGGAGCGUGACACUGCAGCUUGAUGCGUUACACCACCCACAGCAGGCUGUUUCUUUUUUUAACCGCCUGCUUAACGAGCGGGAUGACGCUGCUGUGACGGACUGGGUGAUGGCCGCGGUUGGGCCCGCGUUGCUGCAGCUGGGGCAGUGGGAUAGGGCGCUGCAUUUGCUUCGGCAAACCCCGGCCCUCGCUUCAGCCAAACCACCUGUCUGCACGCUUGAGGCGCAUUGGGAGGUACGGAAUCGGCUUGUCGCGCUGCUCUACUACCUGCACGGCGCCGUCUCGCUGGAGUCACGGUACUACACGUUGUGCCACUUCCCCUUUGCGUUUCCAAAAGAGGCAUUCCGGGAGCUUCCUCCGCCCUCCGAGCUUUUGGCGCACUUGAAGCAAAGGCGAGAAGAAGGGCAGAGACCCUCGACGACGCCCCCUUUUGCUCGCCAGGCCUCCACCCCACGGCGGUUUGCGUCACGGCGCCUGUCCGCCAUUGUGCAACACACGGAGAAACACGAGGACGAACUCAAGCGUCGCCUGACCGCGUUGUACGCUAGCCGCGACAACGCCUUCCGCGGGGGCGAUGCGGAGAAGGACCCACGCCCACUGCCCAAAGGCCUGCAUGAUACGGCGAACGGCUGGAACUUCUAUGGCCGCGGUGGGGAGAUGGUUUUUGCGAACCACAGACGGACGGCGCAUCCCUUUUCGAUGCAUCCAAAGGUGAUGCGGGCGUUGGCAGACCCGUACCGUGGAUGGAGCCCGAGCCAGAACAGCUGUUGGGCCCAUCGUGAACGUGUGAGAAAGUGGAACGGCCACAGCGCAGUCUAA